UUCCCCCGCCAAGCCGAAGACAAAGUUUAAGAUUAGAAGUGCCUUCACGUCAGCUCACCUGGGUCUAGCGAGCCAUACUUACCCCAUGGAGCAGCUCAGGGGAAAAUAUAAACACCUCGUUGGCCUCCCCAUCAGAACCCUCACCGAUGUCCGACCAUUGUUACUCAUCGGCAGCGACCACCCCCAUCUCAUCACCCCAAUUGAACCUGUCAGGUUGGGACCACCGGGCGGACCGGCCGCCAUACACACAAGGCUUGGUUGGACACUGCAGGGCCCUUCGAGUGUCGUUUGUCACCCAUCUCAGCAAUGCCUGUUUACGUCAGUCACCUCUCCAAUGGCUGAGCUGAUGAAACAUGUGGAAAGGUUAUGGCAAAUGGACACUGUACCGUACAGGAACGAGAAGCUGGUGACUCGUUCCAGGGAGGAUCAGACGGCCAUACGCACCCUCGAGACGAAGACCAUUAGAGUAGAGAUUGAUGGUGUCCACCGAUACGCCACCCCACUGCUCCGCCGCGAAGACAUGCCGGUCCUUCAUGCCACCAAAGAGGCAGUCAUGCCUAACCUACGAAGUGUGGAGAGACGACUGUCCAAGGAUCCUGCACGUACCGAGGCCUACAGAACAGAAAUGGAGAAACUGAUCAGAGCAGGCUCGGUCGUCAAGUGUGAGUCACCAGUCGAAGAAGGUGGUGAGGAGUGGUACAUCCCCCACCAUAUGGUGAGCCACAAUGGGAAGAACCGGCUGGUGUUCAACUGCUCGUAUCAGUACCGGGGACAGAAUCUCAACGAAUACUUACUGCCUGGGCCGACCUUGGGAGCAUCACUACUGGGGGUACUUUUGCGCUUCCGAGAACAUGCAGUAGCAGUCAGCGGAGACAUCCGAGGCAUGUUCCAUCAGGUGCGCCUCCUUCCCGAGGAUCGAGCCCUGCUCAGGUUCAUCUGGCGGGAUGUCAACACAGGAGAGCCUCCAGCUGUGUAUGAGUGGCAGGUGUUACCGUUCGGCACCACGUGCAGCCCCUGCUGCGCGACAUUCGCCUUGCAGCUCCACGUCAUCAAGCAUACCGAGCCAAACGAUGAAGUGAGGGCCUCAGUGGAGAGAUGCUUCUAUGUGGAUAACUGCCUGCAAAGUGUUCCCACCGUCACGGAGGCAAGGCGCCUGGUCGACAAGUUACGCAGUCUCCUAAUAACUGCAGGCUUUGAGCUGCGCCAGUGGGCCAGCAAUGAGCUGGAGGUUGUGAGUCACCUUCCAGAACAGAGCCGUUCAGCUAGCACUGAAUUGUGGCUGGCCCAUGACAAAGCUGAUGCACCAGAGUCCACUUUAGGGCUUAGUUGGCUCUUCCACACCGACGUCCUCAGCUACAAGCAUCGCCAGGUUGAAUACUCGACUCCGACAAUGCGUAACAUUUACAAGGUCCUGGCUAGUCAAUACGACCCUUUGGGGUACAUCCUACCCUACACCACAAGGGCAAAAAUUCUAGUCAGGCUCCUGUGGGACAAACAUCGGGGAUGGGAUGACCCUCUGCUACCUCAAGAGCUCCUACAGCGGUGGAGGGCUUGGGAGGAUGAGCUCCAUGUCCUGCCUCGCAUCAUCCUGCCCCGCCCCUACCAACCUAAGGAGGUGGACCCCACCGAUCUUCACAGAGAGGUGCACAUAUUCAGUGACGCAUCUCAGGAGGCAUACGGCUCUGUGGCUUACCUUCGGACCACUGACAGCAAAGGGGGGAUCCACCUUGCAUUCCUGAUGGCUCGCAGUCGAGUUACUCCGAAGCGCUUACACUCAAUGCCUCGACUCGAGCUCUGCGCCGCCCUCGUAGGGGCCCAGCUCGCACAGGUGCUGGAAAGGGAGCUGACUCUCGACAUCAACCGGGUGACUCUGUGGUCCGACUCCACUACAGUCCUGAGGUGGUUGAAGUCGGACUCAUGCCGGUUCAAGGUCUUUGUUGGCACCAGGGUGGCGGAGAUCCAAGAGCUUACUGACAGACAUGCUUGGCGAUAUGUUGACUCGGCAAGGAAUCCGGCUGAUGACUUGACCCGAGGUAAAACACUGAACGAGCUCGCCACACCAAACAGAUGGAGCCAGGGACCCCCGUUCUUGCUGUCAAGUCCCGAUCGUUGGCCAGAGGACCCGAGGGAGGAGCAGGAAGAGGAUGCCUCAGAGCUACGUAAGGCGAUCUUCUGUGGUAUUCUGGCUGCUGCCUCUCCACCUUCGGCAGACCUGAGCCAGUACAAAUCCUGGAAGGAGCUGCUGGAAGAUACCGCACGGGGGCUGCAUGGGGCGGCAGACGCGAAGGACCCUAUGACCGCAGCCGAAUACUGUCAGGCCGAGCGGAUGAUCCUGCGGCAGGCUCAGCGGGAAAGUUUCGCCCAGGAGUACCACCUGUUAAGGGCCGGAAAGCUGGUCCCAAGGAGUAGCCGACUCUUUGCCCUAUCUCCAGAGUUGGAUGAGCAAGGAGAGCUCAUCCGAGUUGGUGGACGACUCCGGCGUGCGCAAGAUUUGGAGCUAGCAAUGCUUCAUCCAGUCAUUUUAGAUCCUAAGCAUCCAGUGACUCAAUUGCUGAUUCAGGAUUUCGACCGUCGCUUGCAUCACCCAGGUCCUGAGCGAGUGUUUGCAGAGAUCCGGCGGUCCUUCUGGAUCCUGAGAGGGCGUGAAGCAGUCCGGCGCCACCAGCACAACUGCGCUGACUGCCAGCGGUGGAGAGCAAACCCUACAGUGCCGAAGAUGGCCGACCUGCCCGCUGCCCGUCUGCGUUUAUUCAAACCUGCGUUUCACUCGACGGGUAUGGAUUGUUUCGGACCCUUCGAGGUGAGAAUUGGCCGGCGUCUUGAGAAGAGGUGGGGCAUAAUCUUCAAAUGCCUCACCACGAGAGCGGUUCACCUGGACCUCCUCACCGCCAUUGACACCGAUUCUUUCCUGAUGGCACUCCGGCGUUUCAUCGCUCGUCGGGGAACCCCAGCAGAGCUGUUCUCGGACCAAGGGACCAACUUCAGGGGUGGUGAACGGGAGCUUCGUGAGACCUUCCAGAAGCUUUCCCCAGAACUGCAGCAGCUCCUGGCCCCACAGAAGAUCUCCUACUACUUCAACCCCCCUGCGUCACCCCAUUUUGGUGGGGUAUGGGAGAGAGAGAUCAGAUCAAUAAAAAGUGCCCUCUACAGCACGGUGGGCGCCCAGCCAGUACCAGAGGAGGUGCUCCGCACCGUACUUAUAGAAGUUGAGGGGAUCCUGAACAGCAAACCCUUGGGAUAUGUUUCCGCCGACGCCAGGGACCUUGACCCCAUCACACCCAACGUCCUUUUGAUGGGGCGGCCCGACGGAUCAUUGCCUCAGGUGGUCUACCCAGAGACAGAGCUCAUCGGCCGCCGUCGCUGGAAACACUCCCAGAUUCUGGCUGACCACUUUUGGGCCCGUUUCAUCAGACUGUAUAUCCCCAGCCUACAGGGGCGCCAGAAGUGGCAGACCAUGACUGAGGGUAUGGCACCAGACUGCGUGGUGAUGAUUGCCGACCCUCACCUGCCGCGAGCCCUCUGGCCCAUUGGGAGGGUAGUCAAGACCCAUCCCAGCUCGGAUGGGCUCAUCAGGUCUGCCGACGUGAAGGUGAAGGAGCGAAUCUACACCCGGCCAGUUGCCAGGCUGGUUGUCCUUCCUGCAGUCCCUUCCGGAGAAGAGGACAACUCCGCUCCGGUGCCUUCGGCCUAACUUGGACUUUGUCGCCUUUGUUUAUUGUUCAAAUGUCCUGCGUACAUUUGGGGGCGGCUGUAGAAAAGGCCACAAAGUUUGUUAAUAGCUUGUAUAUGUUUAGAAUGGGCGUAUUCGUUUGCCACGGGGUUAUAGUUCACGGAGGUGCAUAAGUCACGCCGCCACGCCGCCACGCCCCCCUUACCUGUCGUUAAGCGCCGACACGACCGAGCAGCGGUGCACGGGGAGAAGGGAUCAAUCGCGAAGGGAUCAAUCGUGAAGUUUGUGUGCGUCAGUGAAAAGAAACCACACACACACUCACACACCCACAAGUUCACAAGUACAGUCUGUAGACCUGCUGAACUGUGAGUAAAAGCCUUCAUCUGCAAUCUGCCUCCCUCCUCAUUACUCCUCACCUGAAGUGGCCACAAGUGGUGUUCUGGCCGACACACCAGACAUGAAC